CACUCGCACUCGGCAAGACAUAACCUUCCGCCCUUCUUCUGCAUCACUGUCCCACGCCUCAGAAAAAACAUACUAAACCGACAUGUCUAGAUUCUUCAGAGACGGCAGGGAAGAUGAUUCGUCUGACGAGGCCAAGAGCCCAGCCGCCGCCGACUCAGAACCAACUGACUCAUCUGAUGAGGAGCCAACCCGUCGCCAUGGUAGCAUCUCUUCCUCGGCGUCCGAGUCCCGCUUUCUUAUAGUCCGUCCGACCCUACCCGCUCCUGUCGAUCUAAUCCCUACCAUCAGGUGUCUGUCCACCAGUCCGCCUGGCCCCCUUCCUUCGCCGCUCAUCCGGGACAUUCUCCACACGGUUCCCAGUCUGGAAGUGUCGGACCACAGUGAUUUGCGCGAAACAUUUACCUAUAGGAGGUACAAAGCCGAUGGUGUUGAUAUUUGGUUUCAGGCUAUUGACCCAGAGACGGGCGACUCGCUCGUCCAUGCCAUUGUCCGAUCGGGCCGUAUCGGAGCUCUCGAGGCGUGCAGUUUCUAUCCGACCUGCGGAUUCGGGCGUGCACGCUACCAACAGCCUCGUGAUAGGCAUAUCUUAUUUAUGCACCAGAACAUGCAGGGUGAUAAUGGGCUGCAUGUCGCUGCGCGCACCGGGGGCCUUCCAUUAGUUAGGGCAGUUCUACGUAACUUUAAGGGCCGCGAUACGCUUAACGGGGUGUUACGACCCGACAUGCGACCGUAUGCGCCUCUCACGUGCCCCUUACUUUUUCCUCCUAUUAUACGUCACUCGUAUACUAUAUAUAGUAAACGACUAUACGCGACUAGCGACUCGACUAUACUAGAAAGGCGCUCGUAAAUAAUAAUCGACUAUCGUCGACUAUAUAAU